AUGCUACCCAUUCUACUGGCCGGUAUUCUCUGUUUGUUGACGCGACUUGACACGGUGACUUGCCAGCCUGAUAGCCCUCAGGCCAACCGAAAUGAACCCGAAGCUAGUGAUUCUCGACGUCCUGACUCUAGAGUGACACUAGCUGGUUCCAGGUCUGAAUCUAAUGGGUCAGAAGCCAUUAAUGCUACAGAUGGCUUUGAAGCCAAUUCAAACUGCACACCCUUAUCAACCUUUCUUGUAUCAGGUUUGUCACCAACGGGUUCGUCUGCAUCAGCUGCAGAUAAGACAACAGGCUCAGGAAAGACAGAAGCUGUAGUCGAGAAGCUUACUGCAAGUCACAAAGAUGCUGUGCCAUUUCAAUGGAAUGCCAAGCCCGGGGUUGUUAUAAACAGCUGCGACCAUCCCGCAGACGCUGUAAUGCUAGGCGCAAAAAUAAUAGAGAGAGUUAACGGACCCGAAGAAGUUGAUUACGUUGCUGUAAACGAUUCUUCGUUUCCGGCAUCCUCACGCGGCCCGGAAAAGACAAAUCGGCUAGUUGCUUCUGUUCAACAGAUGAAAGAAGGUAUGUAG